UUUCAGAUUUUUCACAAAUGCAAUAUUCAUUUCUACUUACCCUACUUCCACUUCACUCCCUCCACCACCACCACUGCUGCUGCCGCCGCCGUCGCCGCCACAAAUGGCCACUAAAUUUGGGUUUACUAUAACUAGCCCUCGCCUUUUUCAUGCCCCUUUCAGGAAAAAACCCAUUUUUUCUUCAUCUUCUGCUUCUUUACAAGGUGCUUCAUUUUCUUGUUCAAAGCUUCGUUUGAUUAAUUUUGGUGGAAGAAAAUUAGCUAUUAGGCGUAGGUUAUUGGUUCUCUCUCCUAAGGCCACGACUGAUCAGCCAGGUCAGCUCAACGAGAAUGAGGUUGAAGACAGUAAAAUCUUGCAAUAUUGUAGCAUUGACGGGAAAGGAAAGAAGUCUUUAGGGGAAAUGGAGCAAGAGUUUCUUCAAGCACUGCAAUCAUUCUAUUAUGAAGGAAAGGCGAUCAUGUCAAAUGAGGAAUUCGAUAACCUUAAGGAAGAAUUAAUGUGGGAAGGGAGCAGCGUCGUCAUGCUAAGCACGGACGAACAGAAGUUUCUGGAAGCUUCUAUGGCUUAUGUAUCUGGGAAUCCAAUUAUGACUGAUAAAGAGUAUGACAAGCUGAAGAUGAAACUUAAGAGGGAUGGCAGCGAUAUUGUGGUUGAGGGUCCUCGGUGCAGUCUUCGAAGUAGAAAGGUUUAUAGCGACCUUUCUGUUGAUUAUCUGAAGAUGUUCUUGUUAAAUGUCCCUGCUGCUGUUGUUGCUCUUGGAUUGUUCUUUUUCCUCGACGAUUUGACUGGAUUCGAGAUCACUUAUCUUUUGGAGCUUCCAGAGCCUUUCAGUUUCAUUUUCACAUGGUUUGCUGCUUUGCCUUUGAUAUUGUAUCUAUCCUUUACAAUCACAAAUAUCGUCGUUAAAGAUUUUCUGAUCUUAAAGGGCCCUUGUCCGAAUUGUGGAACAGAAAAUACUUCCUUCUUUGGUACCAUAUUAUCGAUAUCUAGUGGUGGUUCUACCAACAAAAUAAAAUGCUCAGGUUGUGGGACGGACUUGGUCUAUGAUUCAGACACGCGUUUGAUCACGUUGCCUGAAGGAAGUACUGCAUGAUUCGAGGAUGAUUAUAUAUGUGGAGAGUGGAGACAUCUGCACAAUAGAUUGCACUAGAACAAGUUGCAUAUAUUGGAAGUGCCAAAUAACAUACAUGAGUCAAGGUUGUAAAAAUGAAAAGCAUUUUCAGUGUUGAAAUUGUGAAUGUUUUGCAACUUGUAUUGUGUCCAAUAUGUUAUGUAAUGUGUGCAUAUAAGUAUAUGAAUAAAAAAAAAUUAACAGCUUUUAAGCACAGGUGAUGAAGAAUAUCAAGGUCCUUGAAGUUGUGUCGA